AACCGGUAAGACAAGACAUCGCACCAUGUCCGUUAUUGUUAACUUUGGUCCUACAGAGCCAAUACAGAGGAGAAGAAGAAGAAGAAGUAUCUGAUGAAGAAGAGGAAAGAAAGAUCAGGGAUUUGAGAUUAACUUAUCUACAGAGCAUGCGAGACUUUGAGAAGCUUAUCAUUAAUACCAACAAUGGGUUUUAGUUUUUUCACUCCAUUCUCCAUCACGUGAUCGCAAGUUUCAACCUUUUCACUUCUCUUCUCUCUCUCUCUCUUUAUCUCUCUUUCUCCUCCGUGUGUCUCGCUUUGUUCCUGUAACUCUCUCGUGAGUGGUGGUUGGUCAAUGGCGGUUGAUGUGAAGUCUGUGCUUGAGUUUCUCCGGAGAAAUGGUUUGACGGAGGCGGAAUCUGCUCUCAGAGACGAUAUUAACGAGAAGAACCAACUUGCUUCUUUCGAUUUCGAGAAGUUUCUGUUUCCGAUUCCGCCGCCGAUUAGAAUCACGGCGAGUUCUCGUCCUUCUGAUUCUACCGGAGAAGAUUCCGGUGGUGGUGAUGGGUUUAAGUCUUCUUCUGACGACGAGUUUGUCAGCUUGGACUCCUCUACUUCUGGCUUCUGUUCUUCUUCCGGGUUUGUGAAUCCUUAUGGAGAUGGUUCAUCAUCUGAUGGACAGUCUCAAUUUGGGACGGCUCGGACAUAUCCCGAGUGGAGCGAGUUUUACUUGCAUAACGAGACCGAAGAUGAAGAUGAGUUCAUGUCUCCUGCAUUUAGAGAAUCUGAUUUCUUCAUCUGUCCUGUUACUGCAGAGGAUAAGUUCAUCACAGACAACCAAUUCGAGAACACGGUUGGUGUCUAUGAUAAAUCAUCAUCCCAAGGGUCUCAAACUGAAGCUAGUCUUGAUUACUUAGAUAAGCCUUUUCUUCUUAGCAAUUUGGAGGAUGAUGACUCAAAAGAUUUCAUUGGUCUGGAUGAUAAAACUGAUGAGCUUGAUGGGUUUAGCUGUGAGGAAGAUGAUACAAAAGGUAAUGAUGAUUUGAAAACCGGUGAUCAUGAGAAUGUAACAGAUGAAGAGGUUGGUGUUGUUCCUGAGGUUGAAGAUGAAUAUGAAAUAUUUGAUCUUAGAAUCAUUCACUGGAAAAACAGGACUGGAUUCGAAGAGCACAAGGAUCUACCUAUUGUGAUUGACACAGUGAUUGGAGGAAGAUACUACAUUACGGAAUACAUUGGUUCUGCUGCAUUUAGCAAGGUGGUUCAGGCACAGGAUCUACACAACGGUGUCGAUGUUUGUCUCAAGAUUAUCAAGAACGACAAAGAUUUCUUUGAUCAGAGUUUAGACGAGAUCAAGCUAUUGAAACAUGUCAAUAAGCAUGAUCCUGCUGAUGAACAUCACAUCCUGCGGCUCUAUGACUACUUCUACCAUCAGGAACAUCUGUUUAUCGUCUGUGAACUUCUCCGAGCAAACUUGUAUGAAUUUCAGAAAUUCAACCAAGAAUCAGGAGGAGAACCAUACUUUAACUUGAGCAGACUUCAGGCUAUAACCCGUCAGUGUUUGGAUGCGCUUGUGUUCCUCCACGGUCUAGGAAUCAUACAUUGUGAUCUCAAACCUGAGAAUAUACUGAUAAAGAGUUACAAAAGAUGCGCGGUAAAAAUCAUCGAUCUUGGAAGCAGCUGUUUCCGCUCUGACAACUUGUGCUUGUAUGUACAAUCACGUUCCUAUAGAGCUCCUGAAGUGAUUCUCGGGCUUCCGUAUGACGAAAAGAUCGAUUUGUGGUCUCUUGGAUGUAUUUUAGCAGAGCUUUGCUCUGGUGAGGUUCUGUUUCCAAACGAAGCAGUAGCGAUGAUAUUGGCAAGGAUUGUUGCGGUAUUAGGUCCUAUAGAAACAGAGAUGCUAGAGAAAGGUCAAGAGACACAUAAAUACUUCACCGAAGAGUAUGAUAUCUUCCACUCAAACGAGGAGAGCAAUGAGAUUGAAUACAUAAUAACAGAAGAAACAUGCUUGGAAGAACAAUUACAUGUUAGUGAUGAAUUGUUCAUAGAUUUUGUAAGGACUCUACUUGAGAUCAAUCCAUUGAGACGUCCAACAGCUCUUGAGGCACUUAACCACCCUUGGCUCUCUUCUUCUUCUUCUUACGAUUGACUUUUCUACUUUUUUUUUUUUCUUUUCUUGGCUUCUUAUUGUGUUGUCUUGUUCUUGUUUCUCCUGUUUUCUUUUCAUUUUUUGGUUGCUGUAAUUCAGUAAUUGUGAGAUUAUGUGUAUAGAACUGUUUCACAUUGUAAGUAAAAUGCUUGUGUUGUGCAAUAAAAGAAUUUUGAUACAAA